AUCAAAAAUGUUUCAUUUGAUGGUAAAUGCAAUGAUUUUACGAAAAAAAAAAUCAAAAUUGGUAAAUAAUACACAAAAUUAAAUGAUGAAAAAACUUCAACGCUCGCUCAGUUUUUCUAAAUAUAACACAUAGCUACGUCAUCAGUAACACAUGAUCGGUCACGUGACCCAUUCUUAAAAUAGACCAAAACAAACAUGGAUGCCGAAGACAGCAGCUCAUCAAGCACAGUAAGCGCAGACACCCAAGAACUUCAAUCUUCAAGGGGUGGAAGGAGAGGAAGAGCCAGGGGUAGGAGCAGAGGGAGAGGAACAUGUAGUGGGCGGGGAAGGGGAGGUGCUGGCAGAGGCACAGGUAGACCAGAAAGAUUGUCACAGUCAGACAGGGAAAGAGUGACAGCAAGGCUGAACGAAAGAGCUGCACAUAUGGAGGUAAUUUAUUUACUUGUACUAUUUUGCUUGAAAUACGUACAUUUGUAAAAAAAAUAAAAAAUAAUAACAAACAGAAUUGGUGGCAUUACUUUUAUAAUAUUAUAACAUUAUGGAAAUGUCCCUUUGCAGUUUGGAGGUGGAGGAGGUAAUUUUUUCAAUGUUUGAUAAAAGCUAGCUGAUGUUUAUGCUUAUUUUCCAUUCAUUGGCUUUUUUGUUAUUUAUAGGCAUUAACUUACUCUUUCAGCAUUCAUGAUUCAAAAGACAAAUUAUAAAUUAUUUCCUAUUUAUUGUCUGUUAGGGAAAUUGCUAUAUCACUAAAGGUUAUUUUUACCAAUAGCUGAAGAUCAUUUAUGCUUAAAACAGUAAGCCUGCAUCAUUAAAUCAUUGCUUAAUCUGACAAUAAAAUCUUUUUUUUCAAAUCUGUGAAAUCAUGACAAGGCUCACGUCCAAUUCAAUUAUGAUAUAAAACAAUAUAGAGUAUUAUUAUAAUAAUAAAACAUGGCCAAGCAUUAAGUACAAAAAGGUGUGAAAACACAAAAUUUGAAAUGAUAAAAAUUAAAAAGAAUGUGCUAUUGUCACUAAAUUAUAUUCACAUUCCUUAAUACCUAAAAAAUCUUCUUAAAAAAUCUUCUCAAUUUCCUGUGAAUACAUUUUCAUAUUUUAAUCUGACCUUUGACACCUUUUUGUGUUGACAGACAUUGACUAAUCUGCAUUUUGCUUUCAGCUUUAUGCCUAAAAAUGUUGAAUAAUUUUGCCAUGUAACAUAAAAUUCCUGAUUGCAUGUAGACAUAGAUAAACAUAUUCUUCUGAUCUCUUAAAUAGAGAAAAACAGAAACUAAAUUAUACUGGCCAUGGGCCACCGGUUGAAUUAAGUUGCAUCCGCAGUUCGACUUUUUGUGCUGUACACU